AUGGGCUGGUUCGACGGACGAUCCUCAACAUCAGGCUAUUACGUCCGCAAGAAGGACAAGUCACCUUCCCGACGGUCGACAAGUGGCUAUUCCACACACCAUAGCCGGCAUUCCGCUCCCUCGAUCUUCAGUUUCAGCGGAAGUCGCACGGGCCGGUCGAGCCCGUCUGCCUUCUCAUCGUCCUCGUCGCGAAGGGCUCGCCCACGCUCGGGUUUCAUCCAGCGCAUAGUCCGCUACAUUAAGCGCUUGUUCCGGGAUAUCAGCAGUUAUGCGCGGCGCCACCCGAUGAAGGUGUUUAUGCUGGUUGUUCUCCCGCUCAUUACCAGUGGGGUGCUGUACAAGCUCUUCGCCAUGAUCGGGAUCCGUCUGCCGAAGAAUAUCUUUGGCGGUAGCUCUGGCUCUUCCUCGAGGUCUGGUGGGGAUGGUGGCGUGGCUGGAAACAUCAACGGGCUUAUGAACAUUGCAAAGAUGCUGAUGUAG